CUUGUCUAUCCCAACCAAAAUCCAUCCAACCAUCAUCGACGUCUCUUUCGUCCACCAACUAUCCAUCGUCUUUCAACCUUGUCCAUCCUCUUGUCGUGUUGGCACCUGCAGCGCGCCCCUUGACCAUUCUACUAUAGGAUCCUUAAUUCUCACAGCGAUCCGACUCCCUCCAAUCGUCGCCCGCUCCCAUCGGCAAAACAUCAACACUCAUUCGUUCGUCCAUCUGUCUGCUCCCGCCUUGCCUCGCGCAUUCCAUCCAUUACCUGCAGCAACCGGCGACCCAAGCGUCUCAUCUGCAGCUGUCCGUCCCGGGCCCUCAAAGUCGCGCAGGGCAUAGCAUCACAGUCGCAUAGCAUCACGGCGCAGCCACCGCGCGGCGCAUUCUCGCGUGUCGCAUCGCCUCGCCUCGCGAUCCUGCUGGCCUGGUUCCCCAAGGUCCCAGCGAUCGGGUCUCGCUCCAGCUGCGACUAAACCCUCCUGUCCUUCCACGCUCCGUCAUUCGUGCGUAGACCGCCUCACAUCCCGCCACAGCCAUUCGACGCUUCUCCCGAAAACUCCCCAAGUCUCCCCAGUUGACGGUCCGCCUGCACGACAACGCAUCCCCCAUCCCAAAAGCCCCCCCGGUUCCCCGUCAGCCCUGGGAAGCGUGCCGACUGGGAAUCAUUUUGGGCACAAACAGAGCAGGAGAAGGGAUCGUCUGACCUCUUGCGCCGGGAGUGACGCAGGCCAGCAUUAGACAUUCUGCAUUGGUGUCGCCCCAGUGUGACGUGGUCAUCACCGCCAGCCAGACAAUCUUCGCCUUGCAAUUCGGCCGCUGCGGCUAUCCUCCAGAGGACAGGACUACAUCAUGUCGGCCUCCCCACCCAAGGAACCCGAUGUCGAACAAAACGCACAUUCUGGUGAAGAGCAGGAGCAUAUGGAUCGCGAACAAGAAGGAGCUCAAGGUGCCGGUUUGGACUUUGAAGUCAAGGAACAGGACCGAUGGCUUCCCAUUGCAAAUGUGGCCCGAAUUAUGAAGACCGCCCUGCCCGACAAUGCCAAAAUCGCCAAAGAAGCGAAAGAAUGCAUGCAAGAAUGCGUGAGCGAGUUCAUCUCGUUCAUCACCAGCGAAGCGUCCGAGAAGUGUCAACAGGAGAAGCGCAAGACGGUCAAUGGGGAGGAUAUCCUGUUCGCCAUGACUUCAUUGGGCUUCGAGAACUAUGCGGAAGCACUCAAAAUCUAUCUGUCCAAGUAUCGCGAAGUAAGUUUUGUGUCUUGUCUCCCUCUCCUUUGUCAGCUCGACGAGGAAAUCAAUCUGAACAAUUGAACUGAUUGGGAUGAGACCCAAUCCACAAGGGGCGAGAACCAGAACAGACCUACCAGCAGUGGCGGGUAUGGCGGUGGCAUCGGGCCCGGCAAUGUCCAGGGCAAUGCCGCGGCAGGCCCCCCCGGCUACCCAGGCGGGCAAUCCGACAAUGCCACCGAACUAUUGAAUCAGGGACACGGGAUGAACGCAAACGAUCACGACGCGACCGGUCCGUACGGCUAUCCCAGCGCCGUGUCCACCGGCCACAAUGGCGUCGCCGGCGACAACUUCUGAGUCGGCGGGAGAGUACGUCCGCGCAAGUCAAGAGAGCCAUGGGGCAACAGCGGACAGGUGUGUACUAUCUGCCAGUUCCUCGGGCACGGCCAGAUAGACGGUGAUGGUCGGGUAAGAUGGACGGGAACGGCGAAAAGGGAUGGAAAGAAGAGCGGAGGUCUAUUCGUUACUAAACACGUCAACUGUACAUGAGAACAGGUGCCGAGCAUGGAAGGAUACUGUAAGAAAAGGGGCGGGCUGUCUGACCAUGGAAGAACACAGAACGCAUCCGAGCUUAAAUGAAGAUUGACCGCAAUCGGAAAACCUGGCGGGGGGAAGUGACCAGAAACGGGAGGGCUACGAAAGGGCUGCAGAUUGGGUUGGAUAAGGAGAUCGACAGGAGCGAAUGAAUGAAUCAUGUCUCGAGAGUAUACGUGCAGACCAUCAUCGCAGACGCGCAAUGCUCUGACAGGAACUGACCUGAACAAAUCAGCUUAUCCAGGAGGAUUGCCACAGCAGGCCAGGGGUUCCGGAUGCCUUGGGGAGUGCCACGCACAAGGACUAUCGACUGAUGGUUGGCCGAUAUCGAGAGAGCAAAGGCCCUCAACAACGCUACGACGACAUUAUAGCUAGCCUUGCCAAUGUGACUGUGGCUCUUUCGAUGUACCAGGUGUACCUAUGCACGAGUACGCCCUUGAGUGACAAUAGGGCGGAAAGCGGAAUGGCGGCGGAGACAGGCCUUCCCGAAAAGGGAUAGUCACGAGGAGCGAGUCGAUAGGCGGGCCGUAUAUGCGGUGCUGUGAUUGGCCAGACUUGGACCUCACGCGAGUGGGCCGACGAUAAGCUGGUUCAAGCGCAC